AUGGCUUCCCUGAGGCUGGAAUCCUCUACUUCAUCGAUUGCACCCGCUGAACAGCCCCUAUUUGAGGUUCCUAUUAUUGAUGACAAUGAGCCGCUCGUUGAUGUGGUUCGAAAACUACACAACUAUUUGGUCAUCGCUAUAAGUGAUGUCGCAUGCACCUUUGAAGAGCUAAGGUUCUCUCCUCAUGCGCAAAGUCUCCGGUUGCUUCUGUACUCCUUGGCUGAAAACUCGCACAAUCCAUGUAUAAUCGCCGCUUUGAUGAUCUUAAAAUGGCAGUUUACCAAUGAUGCUGAAACUGAUUGGGGCUUGAAUGAAAGCCGGGGGUAUGCCUGUGAAUACGUUGCGUGGCAGUUCCUCUGUCAUGUCAAUCAGCGCGAGACCAUCGAGUUCCUUCUUGAGGAACUCAAAUCCCCAAUGCAGGGCGGCAUGGAUAUCUCACAGGCAGAAAGAGGCACAUCUGGGUUCGCGACGAUGGGCAGCGAGGCCUUUCCGCAAGAAGACGAAAGGACACCCUUAUUAUUAAGCUCGUCAUCAUCGCUUUAUCGGUUCUUUGGUGGCAAGAGACGUGCAGGAAGUUCGCUUGACAUUAAUGAGCCGGGAUCCAACAUGUCUGCAAGUGACGCAUAUGAGCUUGAGAAGCUGUCAAGGUUCUUUGGGCUUAACGCACUCGAGAUAGCCACAAUCGCCCACGCCAAAAGAUUUCUGAGCCAGAAAGUGGUUCAGAAAGUGAUAGACAAUAUCUGGAAGGGCGAGAUUGUUUUCUGGGACUCCUUGAGCGUGCAUUCAAAGAAGAAACCCCAAUUUUUCAACAAAAGAACCGCCGAUCCAUACUCCCGAUUGAGAGUGCCAGUGUAUCGAAAGGCCUUUGAAGCGGCCUUCUUUGUCUCGUUUCUGUUUCUAUAUUAUGCGGUAUUAGUCGAGAGGAAGCCUACCGGCAUAGGUAUCUUUGAGACUAUGAUGUACAUCUGGAUCGCUGCCUUUGCCUACGAUGAAGUCAGCGGGAUGGCUGAUGCCGGAAUGCUCUUCUACCAGAUGGACUUCUGGAGCGCUUGGAAUAUGGGCAUAAUUGGCACAGGCCUUGCCUUUGUCAUUGCCAGUGAGUCACUUGCACCAUGCUAUAGAUCUGCCUUGAUCUGCUCCCUUGUGAGUUUGAACUCCUAUUUUGGAAGUCUGACAAAAGCGUUUUUUCGAUUUAUUCCGAUAGUCGUAGUGCUAUACCUUGGGUUCCUGACCACCUUCACGAUGCUCGCCCGUGACCGCCUCUCUCUGCGGCAAAUGUCAUGGAUUUUGGUGAAAGUGUUCUUUGGGUUGAUUUUCGUUUCGAUGACCAAUCUUCUGUUGAUCUCGUCGUUGGUCAGUCUCAUGAGCAUGAGUCUGGAAGGGGUCAUGGCGCAUGCCCGAGAAGAGUAUCUCUUUCAACUGUCUAUCUACGUGCUAGAGAGCAGUAAUUCUCGGAGAUUGACGUAUUUCAUGCCUCCCUUGAACCUCAUUCCCCUCCUCUGUAUCCGCCCCAUGAGGCUCUUCUUACCUGCAGAGCACAUCCGCCGGGUGCGCAUCGUUCUGCUCCGGGCCACCCACCUCCCGUUUGUCGCACUGAUCUGGGCCUAUGAAUCUAGCCGCCGCUACGUCUCUCGGGGAAAUAGCCAAUUUCCACCAACUGCCACGACCACCACAAGCAGUCGACCAACAUCCUCCAUCCAGAUGGGGUUCCCUUUCUCCACGCACCAUGCCCCGCUCCAUGCCUCCGCACUGGAAGGGCGUUCGUGGGCAUCCAGCCGGCCUAAGGAACGGUCUAACCCGGGCCAGCAUCCCGAAGCGCGCGGACCAAGUUCGGGCCAGGCUGGGCGCGGUGACACCACGGAUAUGAUCGACGAGGUGGAACGGUUGCGCACACAAGUGGAUCGAGUGGCUGCUCGGAUGGCCUUUCAUCAGCGAAGCCAAUGA